GCGAAAAGAACCCUCACAGCGCCCAUUCUGUCAGCUCCAGCACGCAAGUAUGGAGAAAAGAUUCACUAGACUUGGGGCUAGUCUUCCCAGUUUGGCAGGUGUCUAGCAAUUUCGGCUGGAUCAACAAGUUGCGCAAUAAUGUUGACCCAGCAUUCCACAGCGACGGUUGCACCACCCACUCGGCCUUUGCCUGAGGCGCGUGCUUUAAAAGAAGCUUGCCGCCCUGUCUCUGUGAAGAUCUUCUUGUCUCUCUCUCUCUCAGCAUUCUAAUUGACUCUUGUUUGUUGCCAAUUAGCUUCUUCUCACGAUGGCUUUCCUCUUUACUGCCCUCGUCGCCGGCCUGGCUACUGCCUCGCCCGUCAGCGAUCUCAUCACCAAGCAGGCCUUGAGCGCCGUCCCCCACGGCUGGGAGCUCAAGUCUGCUGCCAAGGACGAUCACAAGAUUGACCUGUUCAUCCGCCUCAAGGAGGAGAAUCAGGACAAGCUGGAGAAGCGCGUCAUCGAGGAGGUCCCCAGCUACAACGACCUUUCUUUGUACCUGACCAAAUACACGCCCGAGAUCCCCACCAACACGACAACUCCCAUCACCUCCAUCAACGGUGGUCUCUCUGACCCCAAGGGCUCUGGUGAGGGCGAGGCCAACCUCGACACCCAAAUCACCGUCCCGUUGACAUACCCCAUCAACAACAUCUACUGGUCCACUGGCGGCAUGCCUCCUUUCCAACCCGCCGGUAGCAGCGUCAACAACACCAACGAGCCCUACUUUGAGUGGCUCCAGUACGUCAGCGGCCAGCACAAGCUUCCCACGACCAUCUCCAUCUCGUACGGUGAUGACGAGAGAACCGUCCCUGUCGACUACGCCCGCGCCGUCUGCUUCCAGUUCCUCAAGCUCGGAGCUCGCGGUGUCAGUGUUUUCGUCUCUGCUGGCGAUGCCGGUCCCGGUGGCUCUGAUUCUUGCACUGUUGAUGCCAACGGCAAGAAGACUGUCAAGGAAUACCUCCCCGAUUUCCCUGCCUCGUGCCCCUGGGUUACCACUGUUGGUGGCACCACCCACUACGGCGACGACGAGCAGUCCGAGCCCGAUGGUGGCAGCGGCUUCUCCAACAUCUUCACCCGUCCCUGGUACCAGUGGUCCGAUGUCGAGGACUACCUCGAUGGUCUUCCCGAAGAGUUUGAGAAGAUCAAGUUCAACAGACGCGGCCGUGCGUACCCCGAUGUCUCCGCCCUCUACCGCGGCUACCCCAUCUACUUCCAGGGCAAGCUCGGAUACAGCGGCGGCACCAGCGCUUCGUGCCCUACCACUGCCUCCAUCUUUGCUCUGCUCAGCGACUACCUCCUCUCCCAGGGCCGUCCCCCCAUGGGCUUUGUGAACCCUUGGCUCUACCGCCGCGGUACUGAUGGCCUCCGCGACUUGAAGAAGGGCCACAACAACGUCUGCAAGACUGAACCUGCUUUUCCUUCUGUUGAGGGUUGGGAUGCUACCACUGGUCUCGGCGUUCCCGACUUUGGCAAGCUUUUGGAUCUCAUCCGCGACUAGAAGAUUUUCUCUAGAAUAUACUUUUAAUA